AAGCGACUGUAAAGAAACGUGGAUAUGACGUUUUAGUUACCUGUUUCACUCGAUCAUCAAUAAUCACAGGAUUUCCCCCCAGAGCCACAACAUACAACGCAGAUAUUGUAAAAUUAGAUAGCCUUGUAAUUCCAACGCUGCAUUUGCCAACAGGCACAAAUCUGUGAAAUUCUCAAUGUUGCAGACACACAAAUUAAAGAAAAUCGAUCAUGAAGAUAUAUUAAGAGACAUCGCCAAUUUGAUGAGAGCACAAUAUUGAAGACUAAGACUUCAACACACAUGAGAUCAAAAACUUGAUUAAUCAUUCAGUCUCUUCCAUUUUAUCAGGGAACAUUCAGACUUGUCUCUCCCCCUGCUCCAUUAAGCCUUGCAUUGAAAGUUGUGAAACAUCAUUAGCAGUGAUCGCUUUCCCUGGUGUUAAUUCAUUUGGUCAGUUUAUAUUUUCAAAUAGAAAACCUGGCCAGUAUUCUCACAGGGAGGUUUAUGGAAUCAGUAUCAGAAAACUCCAUUCUUAUUACAAAUGCAUGCAAGUUUGUUCAAAACGGGUGUUCUUGUGAAACAGAUAUUCUUUUUUAUGAUUUUAAUCUAUUUCUGAUCUUCCCAGAAGUGCACACUGCAGUCUAAUGGUUUCAAACGUUUUCCGGGAAACGAGACAUUUUUAUGAUUUUCCAAGGACUGAUUUAUAUAUAGUUUCAGUCUAUGCAUAGGAUGAGUUUGAUAACGUACGGAUAGGGUCUACAUCAGAUUAUGUAACAUGUAUAUCACGUGAAAUACACAGAAAUGUACUGUUUCAAACAUGAAAGAAAUAUAAAUGGCUUCAUCUCUUCAAAUGUGAAAAUAAUUUCGCGGAUCCUUUGAUUCUGUGGCGUUUUGUAGAUGUAUACGAAUUAUGGGGAAGAAUGUACAUUAUCUAUGUUCCAUGUGUUAAACGUUCCAGCCACACAUAUUUUAUUUCAAGAGGCAGAUAACACUUUAGAGCAUAAAUGAUUUUUAUGAAUUUUUCGUUUAACUAAGGCAACAUGUAUGGAUGAUCUCAUGAUAAGCUUGUCUUGUAAGUUGUUUUACCUCCCAUUUGAGAAUUUUUCACUCGUACAGAUACGUCACCAGCUUCUAGGUGAAAUGUCACAAAUUUAGACCUCUACUUAGCGCUCAGGACCGCAACAGCGAGGGUUCUUCAUCGUCCCGACGCCUAACGUGACAAGGGGCCUCCGUUUUAAGGUCGUAUCCAAAAGAUCAUCAACUUUUACUACCAGGCGUUUAGCAAAGGAAUAGAGACUAAACGUCUGAAGUGACGCAGUGUCAAGAUAGAGGAUUGAACCCGGGCCCUCCCGGGUGUGACGCGAUCACCCUAACCACACAGCUACCGAGACCGGUCUUUGCUGAGGUGGGCGUUGUCUGCACUUUAGACGCUGUCAUAGGACGUUCAAGAUUAGCUACUCAUUCAUAAAGGAUGCGAUAGUCGAGAGAGGGAAUUGAUUACGUCAUAAGAAUAGGCACAGAAUUUCCGUGUGAUUUAUGUGUUCAUUGUAUGUCUAAUCUGUGUAUAAGGGCUGUUUAUCCCCACAUAUUAUUCAAAUGAAGAAUAAAAUGCAAUACAUGAUGUAUAAAGCAUUUAAACACAGCUAAUUCUUAUGCAAUUAAAAAAAAGAGGGAUAAAACAGUCUAGAAUACAAUACCAAUGCUCUCUGGGUUUUUUUUCUGAAUUUAUGAAGAGGUCCACACCCAUUUAUGUGGGGCCAAAAUUAUGAAUAAAAUCAAUUUUAACCAAAGACAAAUAUGCCUCCCUGCUCAAAGGCCGUAAGCGCCAAGCAAAAGCCUAAAUUUUGCAUUUCUUCAUCGACAAUGGUGACAUCUCCAUAUGAGUGAAAAAUUCUCGAGAGGGACGUUAAACAAUGUAUACAACCAACACGGCAAAAUUUUCAUUUUUGUCGAAGUUAUGGAAAGUAGGGACGUAAAAUGCUCUAUUGUGUUGACUUUACGACCAUACUCUGAUUGCUCAAACCUUUGAUGGUACCGUUACUUCAGGAACAUUGUAUUUGAUACAAUGUUCCGAAGUCACAACAAAUACACAUACAGUCAAACCACGUUAUUUCAAACUCGAUGGGACCGAGAAAAAACUUCCAAAAUAUCCGAGGAUUCGUGAUAUCGAGGGUAAAAUAUUUAACAAAUAAGUGGUUGGGACUUCCGAAUCACUUCGACAUAUCCAUGGUAUUCAAGAUAUCGGUGUUCAAGAUACCGAAGUUCAACUGUAUUUGAUUUUUCUUUCAGAACAUUUUCAAAAUAUCGAUGUCAUAGGACAAAUACUUACUUUUCCAAUGUGUUUACCUUCGUUAUUUCUACCAUUGAAAUGAUAUCCAUGUCAGCAUCAAUGUGAACGAUGUGCGUAUAACACAGUACAAUUGUUUCAACGGUUGGGAAUAUUUCAACAGAAAUAAUAGUAAAAUGAAAUGUUUGCAGCGAUGUGAUCUGUACGACUCGGGCAGAAGAUCAAAGAGUGCAGCAGACGACAGGGUUGUGCUUCCUCUGGUGGACCGAGGGCUAGAUUUAGAACGAAUGGUCAGAGAUUCACUGGCAUUGGAGAUCCCAUCAGAAUGGGAAAUUGUCCACGAAAAAUUACCUAUCUCCAAGAAAAACCACGUGGUCACUCCUUACCAACAGAUGGUUUCUGGCAUAGAGAAGUUCUUACGUCAAAGCGGUAUGCUGCUGACGGAGGAACUAAGGUCUGAUAUUCCGAAAAACUGGGAACGUCAUGGCGACCUGAUUAUGUUUGCCACCUGCUUUCAAGGUCCUUUCUGGAAACAAUGGGGUGACGAAAUCUGGUUCUUAAUCUCAAAGAUUCUGUCCUGUAAGAAAUUGGCACUGAAAGGAAAUGUAAUUUCCAACGAAUACCGAACCCCACGUGUCUCCAUGCUGCUGGGACAGGACGGCUGGGUGGAGCAUGUUGACAAUGGCAUCAGGUACACGUAUGACGUCACGAAAUGUAUGUUCUCAUCUGGGAAUGUGACCGAAAAACUCCGAGUCGCCAGUUUCUGCUGUGAAAAUGAAACAGUAGUUGACCUUUAUGCAGGUAUCGGGUAUUUCACCUUGCCCUAUCUAGUCCACAGUAGAGCACGCUUCGUCCACGCCUGUGAAUGGAACCCGGAUGCUGCGGCGGCGUUAAGGAGAAAUCUCUCUCUGAAUAAAGUGGAAGAGAGAUGCAUGAUUCACUUCGGAGACAAUAGAGAGCAUUGCCCAAAAGACAUUGCAGAUCGAGUUAAUCUUGGACUCAUUCCAUCCUCAGAGCCGGGAUGGGAGAUGGCCUGCGCAGCUUUGAAGAAGUGUUCGGGUGGAAUUCUUCACAUCCACAGCAACGUGGAAAGCAAAGAGAUAAAAGUUGAAUAUAAUGAAAAUUACGAUGAAGCGUGUUCAGAAUGCAGAAAUCUAAACGACUGUGAUUCAUCAAAACAAAGAGGUGAAAAGCCUUGUGAUGACGGAAGACAUCCAUGUUCACGUAACGGUGCACGUGACGAGGAAUAUUCCCGGGAGUCGGAAAGGGCUGCUACAAAGAAAAGAUGGAGGGAAUGGUCCGCGGAAGUGUCCACUAACAUCAGACUUAUCUUAGAACGUAUCCAUACAUCACAGCAGUGGAAAACAAAUAGUUUACAUAUCGAACACGUCAAGUCAUAUGCACCGCAUGUGGAUCAUCUAGUUUUAGACCUUGAUUGUAGACCUGUCUGAAAUAUUUAUUUUUCUAAUAUACAUGUAUACAUACUAUA